UUCUUCUUCUCUGUGCGCCUCGCAACCCAGUUUCAGUUUUGCAACUUUGUCGUCUGCCGGCUCCGAUUCCGUUUGUAAGUCACUUCAUCACCAAUUCCUCUGCGUUUUCAAGCGACUGGAUCACCAAUUGUCACACGGCAAAGGACCAACCACCUGAGGUCAUGAACAACAAUACUACCAACACCACUGGAAGUGAGGGGUAUCUGCAGGCUAUGAGCCAGUCGUUAGGAAGUGAGGCAAACGGAACAAAGGAUAGAUUGGUAUGCACGGACACCAUGGGCACCUUGGCGACAGCCUUAGGCAGCUAGUGGCGCGGACCAUUUUAUGAGAGAUAAGAUACCGGCUCGCUAGACAGCCAGAAGAAGGGGUCAUCAAAGAUCUUGAGGCCACUGAAGAUUAUUAGCUGAACUGAACCACUGUUCCAAGCCCUGACAUUACAGCCCUUGUCACACCAAUUGUUUGGGGUUUUCAAGCGACUCGACCGCUAACUUCUCCGCUUUUGCAAGCGACGCCAACAAACCCGAGCUUUUUGAAGAUGGCGCGUGAGGGCCAUAACGAACGCCGCGACUAGUUUGUGGUGGCGUUGAUAGGUGCCAACAAUGUAAGUACCCGACCCCCUACACCUUUCGUCAUCGGUAUGCCCAGCCCCAGACUGCCUCUCCUACACAUAUGCUCCUCCUCUUGUUUUCGUCUCACCGCACUUGGAUCUGGCACGGGACUGCCAACACUGAUAGCCAGACUCAUCCCUUGAUUCGAUUUGAUCGCCGGUCAAUACUGAGUCGGAUGUUCUCGUGUGUCUCGUUGUUGGUAACUACCACUGCUUAAUUGUGUAUACGCCUCUUUAACUUGGUUAACCACGUUUGGCACUGUGAUUGACCGAGCAUUCGUUGGUCCCCAGCGGAACCUCUGAGGGCGCAGGGACCAGUAUGCGAGAGUUUUGAAAGAGAGCCCUAAUAUAAUAUCCUGGGCCUGCGAAGGUCAUGUGGUGGAGUGGGGUCCCGGUUGAUGUGGCGCGGUGAUCAAGAACUUGAGGCAUGUCUGGGUGCUUCCUCCGAUGCCGCUGCCGACAGCGCCGCAUAAAACCCUGCCGAGGACGGUACGAUGUCGGUUGACACCGAAGACAAGUGUGCCGAAUCCACUCGCCCCUUUGCCGCCGAGUCCCUCCCCGCCGAUCAUCCCGAUCACAAUGAUGCCUCUUCCGACAGCGCCGAGGAUGUUCUCGAGCUUGUGUCCAACACCCUGGAUAUGGGCGACAAACCUUCCCCCGAGUUGAUCAAGAGGUGCCAGUCAUACAUGGGUUACAAUGUCGACCGCAUGUGCGAUGCUGUUCUGGACCCCCAGAACACCAUAGGCAUGGAAACCUUUGCUGCUGGGGCUGGCCUGUCUCUGAUGGGGCAGAAGAUGGAGGAAAUCCAAACCUCACACGAACUACUCCACGUUCGUCAAUGACUUGGGACUCCUGCGUCUGGAGCAAAAGGGCGACGUGGAAGAACUGAAGACUGAGAAGGACAUGACCUCCGUGUCGGCGAAGUUCUUGCGGGACGGUGUUGAGAAGGUGGAAGGAAAAGCUUGAGGAGUUUGGUCUUUACUGGCGAUAGCGACAGGAUGGACUUUCGUCCGCUUGCGACAGGAACGGGGCUGCCGAGGGCCUUAGGGCCAGAGUCAUUGGCUCGAAGGCGAGGCGGCCGCCUAAACCAAGCGUCUUACUGGGAUGGAGGCUCACCUCGCAAAGAUUGAGGAGGUGAUGACCCAGGUUGUUCUUGUGGGAGGUGCCGAGCAGGCCUCGGGGGAGCUGUCGGUGGCUGCUCUGAUGAAGCAGAACCACGAUCUGCAGCGCCAGAACGAGGCUAAGAGUCUCCGCAAGGAGAUGAAGUCUGGCUAGGGUCACCAUGAUGCCCUGACGUCUGGCAUGAUGAGUCUCGCUGUUCGGCAGGACAAGUCGGAGAAGGCCCACAAGGAUGGCUGUGAGCCAUGAAUGAGCGCCUUGAGCGAGGUCAAGGAGUUGAAUAUGCUCCUGGCCAUGUUCUUGAGCGGCCAGGUCAACCAGUAAGCUGUUUGAUUGACCAUUGAUCUUUCAAAAGAUAUCUGCAUGAUUUGGUUGGCUUUUCUUUGUUGGAUUGGCAUGAGGGUUGGAGUUUUCGAGGGUGGAGUUGGGCAGGAUCGCUGGCAAACUGGGUUGAAGUUGUUUUUACAGGCAUUUGAGGCAAGCCGGGAUGGACUGGGGCUAUGGAAGUGCUGGUUUUAGAGAUACCCAAAUGCUACAUGCGACUUGAGC